AUGUUCAAAUUUGUCAUUGUCUUUGCUGCUUGUUUGGCUUAUGCCAGCGCUGUUGUUGUGGCUCCCACAACUUUCGCUGCCGCUGCUGCUCCCGCCGUAGCAUACGCUAAUGCUCCUCUUUAUGCCGCCGGUGGUAGCAGCCAGGUUGAUGUACGUCACAACUAUGAUGGUACCUUGUCUUCAUACACCACCACACCUUUUGCCUAUUCUGGUCCAUACUCCAGUCGUUAUGUAGCUGGUCCAGCUGCUUAUGCUGCACCAACUGCCUUCGCCGCUCCUGCUAAGGUUGUUGCUCCAGCUGCCUAUGCUGCCCCUGCCACCUUUACCGCUCCAGCUAAAUAUGUUACUCCUGCUGGUGUUGUAGCUCCUUAUGCCACCCCCUAUGCUACUCCUUAUGCCGCUCAAUUCGCCGCUCCCUAUGCCACCUACCCUGCUGGUGUUGCCGCCACUUAUGCUGCCCCAGCUGUUGCUGGUCAUGCUCAUGUUGUAGCUUAAGUGU